AAAGGUCAUACUAAAAGCGAACAACAAAAAAUGGACCGGCGCGAAGAUGCCCUCCUACAGGCCCUCGAUAAGAACGCCGGUGAAACGGAGCGCUGGCAGGCCUUCAAGAGGGACAAUGAGAGCACCAUCCGGAAUUUAGACCUGUUCGCCCAGAAGCUCAGCGUGGAGGUUAUGGUGCCCAUCGGACGGAAGGCUCUGAUGCCCGGCGAGCUGAUCCACACCAACGAGCUGCUGGUGGGCCACUACGAGGGCUACUUCUCCGCCUGCUCGGCCCACAAGGCCAAGGAGAUCUGCCGGCACCGCCUGCGAUUGGCCGAGGAGCAGCUGAAGAAGCUGGAAGUCGAGUCGGAUCUCUGGCAAAACAAACUGAGUACUCCUCUGGCGGAGGGAGCGGUGCCCAGCGGGGAUCAGGUGGAGAUCGUGGAGGACUUCAACGAGGUGGCCCACAACCAGUGGAUGACGGAGCACAGGGAGCGUGUGCGGCAGCAGAAGCAAAAGGAGCGCCUCAAACGGCAGGCAGAACCUCCAGGCGGCGAUGACGAGGUGCUGAGGAAGCUGGAGGAGCGAGAGAUGAUGGAGGAACUGGGCCUAGAUCCCGAUAAUAUCAACGAGGAGCAGCUCCAAGGGCUGCUAAGUGUGGAAUCAGCACCCCAAGAAUCAAGCAACGAAAAUGUAGCCAAGACUUUAAGCCAGGAACAGGAAUCGGAGCUCUGGAAGAAGCUGGAGGCUGAGGAGCAGAAUGAAGCGGAAGAACUCAACUCCGAAGCAGAAGAAAGCCUGAAAACCACGGAUGACCUAGUGCGCCGCCUGAUGUCCGGAGCAACAGAAGCUCCUUCGGCCAAGAAACGUAUUGCAGGCACUAGAGACCCCGUGGAAAUAGAGAAACCCACAUCAGACGACUCUGACGAGGAUGAUGAUGGUGACCAGGAAGAAGAGGUGCGAACCAUUAGGGAGCAGAUGUCCCUGCUGCCCAGCGAAGAGCGGGAGCCCUUCCUCAGAGCCCAACUGCAGGUGCUCAAGGCCAAGAUGCGCAAGAUACAAAAGGUGAACUUCAUCAGCGACGAGCUAAUUCACCUGAUGAACGUGGUGGUCAUGCUGGAGGACGACCUGCAGGACAUGAUAUUCGAGCAGGAACUGGAGGCGGAGGCCAGCGAGGAGGAGCAGGAGGAGGUCGAUGAAAACGAACCGCCGCCAGAGGAGCCCGAAAUCGUACCUGAAGCCAGCACAAACAAACGCCGCAUUUCCUUUGCCCUCGCCGACGAAAAGUUGGAGUUCAGAAGGGAGGAAACCGUGGCCGAAAUGCUGCCCAAUGCGAAAAAGAACUCCAGGGAUGUUGUAAAGCUGGACGAACCAGUCAAAUCGCCAGCGAUUCCUCCGCCAACAUCGAGUAAAAAAGUAACCAAUAUCCUGCAAAAAGUCGAGAGAAACAUUGAGUAUGUGAAGGAGAAUCAGAGUGUCCAGGACUUUGAUCUGCUCAAUCGAAUUCUGGAAGAGUCCACUGGACGUAUUAACACCCUACACAUUAGUUUCACACAUUCCGAUGCUGUGCCUUCUGCCAAAAGUGAUCAAGAUGAUGCCAUACCUGCAAGCCCAGGAGAUUUCUACGAGAAGUAUGAGAAGGACCUGGCUCAGCUCAACCCUUCGUUUCCCAUCUAUGUAAAUGGCUUCGAGGGCGAGGAGCAGGUUAAAGUGCCCAUAAUGAGCGAAGCUUCCCGUGAAUCCGCCUAUGAAGAUCCCAGAAGCCAGUUCUCCAAGCCAACAGCCUCCGAGGAAGAAUCAACCGACCCCGAAUCAGUGACCAAGUCAAUACUGCGCAAUAAGGAGGCCGUGGAGCUGGAGCCCCACAUCGUCAACCAGCAGCCAAAGAAAAGGAAGGGCAGGAAGCAAAAGAAAAAGGAGCGCACCCUGGACGACGACCUGCGCGACAUGAGUGCCUACCAGAAGGUCAUGCACGACCUCGUGGAGAAGGAGCCCAAGGAGCCGGAGCCCCUGCCGCAGGGCAAGUUCAUCGACUCGCAUGCCCCCAAGAAGCGGGUGAGCCGCUUCAAGGAGCAGCGGGCCCGCAACCGAACGUAGCGAAGGAGAAACACUUCUGCUUGUGGGAAUUACUAGUAUAUUUGUUCAAGUUUAAUGUGGAUUUGUAUUACAAACACAACGCAAACAAUAAACAACUGCUACUGGUG